GUACUGCUGUGCUCAUCUCCCAUGUGCUCUCUGUUUCUAUUCACUUUUCGUCCCUCUCGUUUCUACGUUAUUCGCGGUAUACUCGUUGCGUGUUUAACCAAGCGUUCACGUUAGUUGUUAAUAGAUAGUAGCUUGAUCCGCUUGUCGACGAUUGAUCGUCCGUUUAUGCAGAAAAUAGGUUGUCACGAGUGUUGUUUUGUCGUUCGCGUAUCGCGGCGUCUUUGUAAACGAAAGGUUCUCGCUGGCUCGCUGGGAAUUACAGUGUCCAAAUAAUUGCCAAAAUUAAACGUUCUAUUUCUGCGCGAGCAAGCAAGAUCACGAGUAUCUCGAAAAUAAAGGAAAUUUCGGCGCGAGUGUACGUCGGAGUAACUACCCCGGAAUCGUUACUUUUUAACGCGUGUUUCGCGUUAACGAGCGUUUUUUUUUUUUUUCGAGCAUUUACGUCGAUCGUUGUCGCCAUAUCGUCGCGUUCGCACCGCCAGUGAUCCCUUCGCGGCGAAUGGUAUCCAUAAUUAUUGGGGAACAAUCGAAAUAGCAUCGGUAGCUACCGACGAUGUUGGCAACGACAUUGACACUGCUAUUGCAAGCGCGAAAAUAUUUGUCGAGCAACCAGUUAAUUUCAAACCGUCCGACAGUUGAGUCCCGACGAAGCUCGGAAUGUGAUAUCUCGUUCUUUUCCCCCCCAUUUCUCUUUUUAUACAAAUAUUCCGCAGUGACGUCGUACAGGACCGUCCCCUUCGAUAUUCUUUCUGCCUUCGAUGCGAAUCUUUGAGGUUCUGUCAAGAUGAUCCCGCGGCGUUUGGGCAGAUUUCUGGCGCGAUUUUACGAGCCGAUCGAUCGGGGGGAGACCCUCUUUCUUCGAAUGAAGAAUAUUUCUCUGAUGACAAACCAAAUUGUAUUCCUAGUGCUGGCCGAUCGAGUCCUUGUACCAGAAUCUAAAACGACGUGCCUUUAUACGUUGAUGUUUUACAAUGUAAUUACUUACUGCGUUAGUUACAUCAAAGAAUUGAUCGAGAAAGAAGAUUGGUCGCCGUAUGUAACCCUCACUGAAAGAUCCAGGAUUAAGCAUUUAGCUAUGUCCGCUACUAAAAUAGUACUCGAAUGGACCAAGGCCGUUACCUUUAUCGUAACGAUAACAUUUAUGCUUCUCGUAUUCGGUUUGGAACAGGGUCUCCAAAAUUACAAACCAUCGACAUUUUACACGGUGAUAACAUGGAUUUAUUAUUCAGCGACGGAAAAAAUUUUCGUCGAGAUGUUUCCGUCGAUUCUCAAGUAUUUUCAAUUGGACGCUUUCGAAAACAUGGAGGAACUUUAUGCUCCGGUGAUAUUAAGAUCGUUCACUAUAGCUAUCUCGGCUUUGUUCAUCUUGCUACUCGUACCGAUAGCAUCCUGGAGAUUCUUGUUCGUCGCCACCUACUUGAACGUUUAUUUGAGAUUAAAAGACCUCGUGCAACAAUCUGGCGCCACGCUGCAACGCGAACGUGAAAUAUUGAAUCGUUAUAGGAAAGCGACGCGCGAAGAAAUUGAACAUUUCGACGACGUUUGCGCUAUUUGCCUUUGCGGUAUGACCAAGGCAAGGAUGACACCUUGUCAUCAUCUUUUCCAUGCAGAUUGUUUGCGCCAAUGCCUCAAGACCAACGACACAUGCCCUACGUGCAAAAGGGAACUGACAUCAUGAUCGCGUCAACAUAGAUUUUG